UGAAUGAUGAAGAUCGUGUAGCUAUUCAUGAAGUUAUGGAGAAAAAGACUGUUACAAUUGCCAAAGCUGGAAUUCAUGCAUUAGUAAAUGCUCGAUGCAGUGUCGUUGCAGCUGCAAAUUCCAUAUAUGGAACUGCAAGUUGCUCAAUGCAUGCAAACAAUGGUUAUCUAUUUCAAAUGCUUGAGUUAUUAAUUUGUUGGUUUGAUUGUACAGUAUGACGGGUCGAUAACUCCAACAAAGAACAUUGGCCUUCCUGACUGUUUGCUUUCCUUUUUUGAUUUGUUAUUAAUUGUAUUGGACCAAAUGGAUCCUGCUAUCGACUGUCAAAUCUCGGAACAUGUCUUGCGUAUGCACCGAUUUUGUUCAGCAACUGAUGGAGGAACGGCAACAUUAGAUGGGAGUUCAAGGUAUGGAGUGGAUGAAGAAGCUGAUACAGGCUCAACUGUAUUUGUCAAGUAUAAUCGAAUUUUACAACAAAGAGAAUCACAUAGAGCUUCAGAAGCGUGACACUCGCACCAUUAAGUUCCUGAAAAAGUAUAUUCACUAUGCAAAACAUAGGAUACAGCCUGAUCUGACUGACGAAGUACCCUAAAUCUUGCAUUCUAUUGUUGCACAACCAUAUAUAUAUAUGUGUGUGUAUGAUGUACAGGCUUCUGACCACAUUGCAACAGCAUAUGCAGAGCUCAGGAAUGCAAGUUCAAGUGUAAAGACAGGAGGAGGUACACUUCCCAUUACUGCCAGAACCUUGAAAACCAUAAUAAGACUCUCUACGGCCCACGCCAAACUGAAGUUAAGCAGACAGGUUCCAGUAUCUGCUGUUGAGGCUGCACUCAAAGUUCUCAACUUUGCAAUAUACCACGAGCAGUUGACGGAGAUGGAAGAACAUCAUGAGCAGGAAAGGGAGAAGGAAUCUGAGAGUAAAUGUAAAGCUGACCAUGAUGCUGGCAGAAAUGUUAGAUCUGAUCUUGGUGGGGCCUCUGCUGGUGGCAGUGCCUCGGAAGCAAUGGAAAUAGAUGAUCCUCCUGAAGUCCGGCAUGUCACUGAUAUUUCAGCAGAUAGGUUUGUCUUCUCCUCAAUAUCCUUUUUGGCUGCUGUCAUUUAUCACAUGAACGACAUGCUUCUGCAGCCUGAAUUACAGAGGAUAUACUGGUUGUAUGGUAUCUUAAGUUUCUGUUCUGUGCCUUGUUUGCAUAUGCAUGCACAGCACUUGGAGCACAUAUCUAUUGGAUAUGUUCAGGGGGUUGUCAACAACCAGGCAGCUGCACAUUACUCGAGAGCAGAGAUUAUGCUCCUAUUAGAGAAAUGCAGGAUGAAGGCAAGCUAAUGUUAGCUGGAGAUUUAGCAUAUUACGUACCGUAGACUCUUGCUGCGGAGUUACAGAAGCAUAUGUGCUUGUUCAAUAUUAACCAUUUUUUAGUAGAGCCAAAUGUCAAUCUUCUUUAUAUAAGUCAAUUAUCAGGCACCUAGUAUUCGAGUCAGCAAAGAGUAUUACUAUAUGCAUAUGAUGUAAUAGUUGGAUUUGCAUGCUUCUCUUGAUUUCCAGUUAACUAUUAAAUUAUGAAACAAAACCAUCAUCUGCUUCUGCAUAUUCUUAAUAUCAUCAGCAUCAAAUUUGUUUUGAUGUGGUCAGCUGAAAAACGGUGAAUCCUGCCUGAGCCUGGUCAUAAAUUUUAUAGUUGCUGGCCUUUUGGUCUGUAUCAUGGUCUCUGCAGUGCAUAUGAAACCUCUGCCUCUGCAUAUGAUUGAGGACAUGUUAUGGUAUCUAAACGUAUUGGCUUUGGGUUUAAGCCUCUCCGUAGACAGGGCCACAAAUCUUCAGUAAGGGUUUUAUAUAAACGGAGACGAGGAUUAUCAAGUGGGAAGGAAGAAGAAGCUUCCAAAUUAUGGUGGCGAUGAUAUGAUUAUUUCUGUAAGAGUUGAUUGUUCAAGUAUAAUGUCUACACCUAAUACCUGAUUUCUAUAUAUGAAUCUUAAUGUUGUUUUACACCUUUAAAGAAAGUAAACAGCGCCAGAAUACUAAAUUAUAUUAAUACUCUUACAAACUAGUACAUGACUAGAAAACAGGGAAACAACAAGAAAUUUAUUGUGUGAAAACCCUGACGAGGAAAUCACAAUAACAACUAAACAUAGUGUGAUACUAUCUAGAAGAGCCAGACAAAGAUAGCAGCAACAGCUGCAAAUGCAGCAGGAACGUAAAGCGAUGUAGCACCGGCAACUGGUCCAGGUGCUGGUGCAGGUGCUCCAACUUGUGCUGCUCCCAUACUCGCGAAAACCAAAAGGACCAUCACCACCAUUGUGAAAGCAUUGGCCAACUUAGAACCCUCCAUACCUCCGUAAAUUCUUAA